GCACUCCUUGAUGCGCUCAAUUUGAUGCCCAAACUUCCAAAUCGAUCUUCAACGUUCUGAGCCCAAGGACUCCGAGCAUUCGCCCAACCCCUCUCACAGGUCAUCGUUGUCGCCAGAGCAACUAAUUUGCAGAGAAUGGAGAGUGAGGAAGAGAGCGAAGAGAAGAGAAGCUUGGUUCAUCUAUGCAUUGAAGCGGCGUCGCAGAGCAGAGACGCCGUCGAAUCGUGGCGGAGACAGCGUCGCACUCUCGAACGUUUGCCUCCUCAGAUCGCCGGCGCUCUCUUCCACCGCCUCCUCUGUCGCGGCCUCCUCUAUCCCUCCCUCCUUGAAGUCUUCAAGUAUAGCAUAGAGGUGGUUGAUCUGAGAGGUGAGAACUCUGUGGAUGUGGAAUGGAUGACAUACUUGGGUGGAUUUCAGUAUUUGAGUUCACUGAAUGUUGCUGGUUGCUAUAGAAUUACUAGUUCUGCCCUUUGGGCUGUUACAGGCAUGACUAGUUUAAAGGAGAUAUAUCUUUCUAGGUGUUCCAAGGUUACUGAUGCAGGCAUUAGGCAUCUCUCAUCGAUUCCAACUUUGGAAAAAUUACACAUAUCAAAAACAGGUGUGACUGCUCAAGGAGUUUCACUUCUCUCUUCACUCUCGAACUUGUCUGAAUUAGACUUGGGAGGUCUGCCUGUCACUGAUCAGGCAUUAUGUUCUCUUCAGGUCUUGACAAAACUGCAGUAUCUAGACCUUUGGGGAAGCAAAAUAUCUAAUCAAGGGGUUCAUGCUUUAAAAUCAUUUCCAAUGUUAAGCUUCCUCAAUCUAGCUUGGACCAAGGUUACAAAGCUGCCAAACUUGUCCUCUCUUAGAAGCUUAAACAUGAGUGAUUGCACCAUUCAUUCUAUAUUUGAAGGGCAUUGUGAUAAAGCUCCUAUAUUGAAGCUCAUUCUUUGUGGUGCUAUGUAUGUGGAUGUGUCUGAAGCCCUUUUAUUUGUUGAAACAAGUUCUCUUUCCUUCUUGGACAUGUCCAGCUCUUCUCUUGAAGAAUUCUGCUUUUUGUCUCGCAUGAACGCGUUGGAACAUUUGGAUCUCAGCUCUAGUUUGAUCGAUGAUAAAUCAGUUGAAGUGGUUGCAUCUGUUGGAGCAAAUUUGAGAAGUCUAAGCCUCAGCAAGACAAGAGUGACCUCUGCUGGAGUGGGGGUUUUAUCAGGAAAUGUUCCCAACCUUGAAAAUAUAUCAUUAUCUUGCACUGAGGUAGAUGAUCACGCUAUCUCAUAUAUGAGCCUGAUGCCUUCAUUAAAGGUUGUCAACUUAAGCAAGACAAAUGUCAAAGGUUUGAUUCACCAAGUUGGUUGUGAGGCAUGUUGGAUUCCCUCACUCACAGCACUGCAAAAUCUCCUUUCUUUGGAAAGGUUGGAUUUGGAGGAGAACAAAAUUAGGGAUGAGGCAGUUCAUCCUCUAUCAGGCUUCCCAAAGUUAAGCCAUUUAUCUUUAUCAACCACUCUCCUCACAGAUGAGUCCCUGUGCCUUCUAUCAUCUGUCCCUAAGUUGACAAAUCUUAGCGUUCGGGAUACUGUGUUGACAAAUGCCGGGCUUGAUUUAUUCAAUCCACCACCAACGUUGGGAACACUAGAUCUGAGGGGCUGUUGGCUCUUAACAAAAGAUGCCCUCUUAUUAUUCUGCAAAAAACAUCCUCGCAUUGAAGUCAGACAUGAAUUUGUUCGCAGUUUCAAGUUUGAUCAAAGCAGGUCCAAGGGCGUGCUAAUGAAACAGAAGUGGGGAAAAAAGCCAGCAGCUCCACUCAGUUACAGUAGUAAUACUUUCCUAGAUCAAAGGUUGAAGUAUAGCAGAGAAGAACUACUGGCUUUGCAGUUCACGCCUUUGUCAUACGUUUCUCCCCGUGAAAGAGGUAAUACCAUACCUUACUAGUCUAAUAGAGUGAAUCCUUGAUAUUAUGUUGUAUGUUGGAGAAGGGUGAGGUAGAGAAAAUAACCGGUUUUGAGCCCCUUUAGUCCCUCUUUUUCCAUAUUGUACUCAUCUGUAAUUCCUUGUAUCUUUCUUGGCUUGUCUAUCUACUGUCCGUUUUGCAUCGUAAAAUUUCUACUGUCGUAAAAAUUACUUUUGUAAUAGUUACUUUCAAGAAUAUGUAAUUUAGCAUAUGAUCUGAUCAUCCAAGAAAUGCUUCUAGUA